GCUAAGAAAUAUGUUUGAUGCCAGCAACAGAAACAAACUGAAAGACAGAUGUGUGUGGUGGCGGUGCAAGUGUGUGUGUGUGUGAGUGCAUGUGUGAGUCUGUGUGUGUAUGAGCGCCUAUGUGUGUGUGUGUGUGUGCGUCCAUGUGUAGUUGCAGUUGUUAUUUAACCCAACUAAUCCUUGAAUGAGUUAACUUAUGGUCAAAGGCCUUCCAGCCGCGACCAUCCCGUUUUUGUGUAUCUGUGAUAUUGUCGUGUAUGUCUUUUUCAUUUUAAUUUUCAUUGUAAUUUUCUGGUAAUUUGGCUGUUAUUUCUAACAGGUCGAACGACUGCUUAGACGCAUCCCUGUUGACUCGCACCGCAUAUCUGUUUUGUGAGUAUGUGUGUGGGGGUGGGAGGGAGAUAGAAAUAUAAACAAAGGGGAAAAAGAAAAAGAAGACACAAAUAGAGGAAAUGGAAGGAAGAAAUAAAGAAGAAAAGAAAGACUAAAAUAAUGGGAGAGGUGCGGCGAGAAGAGGGUGGGGCAAGAAAAAUAGACAAAUAUCGGGACAUAGAGAGAUAUAGAUAGAUAGAUAGAUAGAUAGAUGAGAGAAGAGAAUCUAAAAUGUCAGUGAAAGAGGAACAGACUGAGGGGGUGCGCUCAGAGAGAGAAAUAGAGUGAAGAAAAGAGGAAAGGAUCGUCCUAGAUCACAUAUUGCCAUUUGCUCCGGCUUUGGCGAAUGUUGUAGUUCAUGUUGGCUAUUUGGUAGGAUAAGGAUAUUUUUUGUGUUCGCUCUGCUCUACAUCGGGGCUACAUUUUCUUUAUUUUCACCACCGCCGUCGUCACCAUCGUUCUGAAUUAGACAGGAAAAGAAAUAUUCCAUACAUACGUUUAUAUAUGCAAAUACACGCAGAAUGGAUCAGAUAUGACUCUCUUUAAUACAGACUCCAGAUUUUUCAAGGCUACCACCCAUUUAAGAAUCUUUCAUCAAUAUGCUGCCCUGCCGUAAAGCUCCAAAAAAGAAAACUAUGUUGCGGAUACUUCCUAUAAUUACUGCAGCUGAGAUUUUUGCAUCAUUUCUCAUUACGUAUAUCAUUGGUGUCAUCAAAGGAGAUGUAGAUGUCUUCCUACCCUAUAUCAGUUACACAUCUGUUGACGAACCACAGAAGUCAGUGUUCUCACAGUCAUUGAAUAUUGGUGCUCUUUUGUUGGGUCUCAAUGCUUAUAUUCGUUUCUUACAAGUUAAAGCCUGUUACAAAAAUUUAUCAGCAAAUGAGAAACGCCUUAACAAGGCUGGCCUUGUACUUGGUCUCAUCUCAGCUUUUGGUCUCAGUAUGGUUGGCAAUUUCCAUGCAAGACACGCUAAAGUCCCGCAUUAUUUUGGUGCAUUUUUAGCCUUUGCUAUAGGCUCUGUCUACUGCUGGGUACAAAAUUUCCUAACUAGCAAGGAUACCUCUGUUUGUAUCAAACGACUUCGUUUCAUCAUCAGUGUUCUGGUUUCAAUUUUACUAAUUACUUUUAUAAUAACAGUAAUAUAUUACAAGCGAAAUAAAUAUCAAGGUUCAAAAUAUGUAAGUAUUUAAACAUUCCUUAUUACAUCUCUCAUUUGGCAAUAUCAUGUGAAUUGACU